AUGGUCUCUGCAAUGCUCAAUGGGGCUGAGAACCUCUCACUCAUCAGAGGCAUAACCCCAAACGGGUUGGGUUUCAUGGGGUCAGAUCUUCAUGGGAAGCAAUUUCUGAAGAUGGGUUUGGUUUCAAGUACAAGAAUUUCCAAGUCUUGCUCCAGAACCAUUGUGCCCAAGUGCAGCUUCUCAGCUUCUAGGCCAGCAUCCCAGCCUAGGUUCAUUCAGCACAAGAAAGAGGCUUUUUGGUUCUAUAGGUUCCUCUCAAUUGUGUAUGAUCAUGUCAUAAACCCUGGGCAUUGGACUGAGGACAUGAGGGAUGAGGCACUUGAACCAGCUGAUCUCAGCAACAGGAAUAUGAUUGUUGUAGAUGUUGGUGGUGGUACUGGCUUCACCACUUUGGGUAUAGUUAAGCAUGUGGAUGCCAAGAAUGUCACCAUUCUUGACCAGUCCCCUCAUCAGCUCGCCAAGGCAAAGCAGAAGGAGCCCUUGAAGGAUUGCAAGAUUAUUGAGGGUGAUGCUGAGGACCUCCCUUUUCGAACUGAUUACGCUGAUAGAUAUGUAUCUGCUGGAAGCAUUGAGUACUGGCCAGACCCACAGCGUGGCAUCAAGGAAGCAUACAGGGUCUUAAAACUUGGAGGAAAAGCAUGCUUAAUUGGUCCUGUGUACCCAACAUUUUGGUUAUCUCGCUUCUUUGCAGAUGUGUGGAUGCUUUUCCCAAAGGAGGAAGAGUACAUUGAAUGGUUCCAAAAGGCAGGGUUUAAAGAUGUCCAACUGAAAAGAAUUGGCCCAAAAUGGUAUCGUGGGGUUCGCCGACAUGGAUUGAUAAUGGGAUGUUCUGUAACAGGCGUUAAACCAGCAUCCGGGGAUUCUCCUUUACAGCUUGGUCCAAAAGAAGAGGAUGUGACAAAGCCCGUAAAUCCGUGGUCGUUCUUUGUGCGGUUCAUCUUGGGUGUCAUGGCAGCAACAUACUUUGCUCUGUUGCCUAUAUACAUGUGGCUCAAGGAUCAAAUUGUACCCAAAGGUCAACCAAUCUGA